AUGUUCUUGCUUUUACUGACGUCGUUAGUGCUUUCGUAUGCUUUUUACCAAUAUUUAAUCGCUAGAAGAUUACCGUCAGGCCCGAUCCCAAUUUUGCUCCUCGGAAAUCUUCCGCAUCUCUUCUGGUAUUGUCGCAAACUUGGGAAUUUUGCGUUGGCCAUGCGUGAGAUGCAGAAAAGAUUUGGGGAUGUCCACACACUAUGGAUCGGCCCGAUGCCUUUCGUUAAUAUAUGUACUUACGAAAAAGCCAAAGAUUUGAUGGUGGUGCAGGGUCACACACAACUUGGACGCUACAUGGCCCCAUUUGCAACAUUAGCAGAAAUCGACGAUAAGGGAAAAAUUUGGGGUAUCGUCUCAAGCACUGGCGAGACAUGGAGUGAACAUCGCAAUUUUGCGAUAAAUACACUGAAACAAUUUGGUAUGGGAAACAACCUGAUGGAAAGUCGAAUUAUGGAAGAAUUCAACCUGCGAUGUGAUGAAUUGGAAAAGGACAGAGCUGGUGAUAGAUUUAGCACGACAGCCGAGGAAUUUACCGAAUUGUUGAUUGGCAAUUUAAUUAGCAACUUGUUGUUUGGUUUCCGGUUUGAUAAUCCGGAGCGCCGCCAAGAUUUCUUGAAGCGCAAGCAUCAAAUGGCAGCUAAUGCCCGCCAUUUGAGUCCUAUUGAUUUUUUGGUGUGCCCAUGGUGGAAAUAUGUGCCCGGCUUGAAAAGUCGUUGGAAUGCCGUAAUGGGAAUGGUGAACCCAGCGCUAGAUUUUGUUCAGGAAAACACGGAAAAUCGAAUCCAAGCCAUUGGUUCCGGAAAAUACCAGCUCGAGGAUGAACCGGUAGAUUUCAUUGAUGCGUAUCUGUUAGAGCAGCGUAAACGUGGCAAAGACCUUGGAGAGAUGACUACACAUGGCCUCGUCAUCGAUUUAUAUGAUCUUUGGCAAGCCGGCCAAUCUUCUACGGCCACCACCAUUCAAUGGGGCCUUUAUUAUUUCCUGCAGAACCCUGGAAAAUUGAAGAUUUGCCAGUAUGAGAUCCGAUCCCUCACCAACGGAAAUCGUGACCUUUUAAUGGCCGAUAGAACGAUAACGCCAUAUUUUGCGGAUGCUUGUACAGAAAUCCAAAGGUGCGCCAGCAUCGCUAAUUUUAAUUUAUGGAGGCGCACAACGGGACCCUCGCAUAUUGACGGGUAUGAUAUUCCCGUCGGAACGCUAACCACAGCACAACUUUCGCUGAUACUCUCGGAUCCAAAUGUGUUUUCAGAAUCGGACAAGUUCAACCCAGCUCGCUACACCGGAGAUCACGGAAAGGAAUUGGCCGAGAAAACAAUUCCCUUUGGUAUCGGAAAACGAAGCUGUCCCGGCGAAGGGUUUGCCCGAGCACAAAUAUAUCUCAUCCUCGGCAAUCUCCUCAAUCGCUAUCAGCUGACUCAGACUGAGGACAACCCGCCAACGGGAGCUGAAGGCACUUUUGCGAUUUUCAAUCACCCGUCCAAUUUUGGCAUUGAAUUGGAAAAGUUUGUA